CGCUCGUGCAGAGGAGUCCGUACGCAUACGAUCAGGGGUUUCGCCGGUCCCUUACGGAAUAUAAUCUCGUAAGUGUUAUCCCGUGGUUCUUCUGAUUCGGUGACGUGCAGUCCGGAGCGAUCGUGCGUGCUAUCGCGAUCUCGUAGUGACCCGAGAGAGAGAGAGAGAGAGGGGGAGAAAGAGGAGAAGAGGGAGGCCGGCGUCCAUCUCUCGGAGAGAGACAAGCCGGUACGUGUCGAAGCGACAGAUAGAGGGAGAGAGAAGGAGAGACGGUCUCGCGUGUGUGUUUCCCGUUAGUGAAUGCACGGGGUUGUUUCGGCGAAAUAUCGUACGGAGCCAGGACGCGACAACAAGGACGACGAUCCUCGCCGGCAUUUUGACGUUGCUUUUCCCGCGUUUCUCCACCUACCUUCGUGUGUGAUGGAUACUGUCGUAAGCGUAGCGUGCACGCGACGUCAGCAGACAGAUCGUCGAGCCGCGCGAGUCAUGUCGCCGUCGCAGUGAAUUUUCAUCUGGGUAGCGUGCUUCUCCCGGCGAUGGUACAGCCUCGACAAUAACGACGACAAUCGACGACAGCGCAACUUUUUUCCUCGACUCUGUGCGCGCGCGAGAGAGGAGGAGAAAGAGGGAGCCAUCUUUCAAACGCGUUGUGCGCGCGACUUCACGCCGGUGCGGAAAUCGGCUCGCUCUCCUCGCGCGAUCGGGACAGCCGUCGAAGCGAAGACGUUAUCGUCCAGGGAGGGGGAAGACCUCUCACUCAUGAUACGCACGUGCGCUCGCCGCUACCUGCUGUAUUUACGCGCGUACAUGCGUGCCGAGUCGUCGUCGUGAGUAGCCGCGGAGUUCGCGGAGUGAAUCGAGUUGAUUUAUCAUCGUGUUGCGAGCGUUCGCGCCGGGGCUCGCCGUGUCAGUUUGUCACUUGUUGGUUGGUUGCUUGAUUGGAUUUGCUCUUUGCUGCUCGGCGCCCGGCCGCCGCUUGUCCACCUGCGAGAGGAGGCCGAAGCGGAGGGACCUUCGUAGUCGCGCGUAGCCAUGGAUACGCUCCUACCGAGCGGCAAUAUAUUUCGAGAGCUGCAGGACAUACACGACACCGGAUAUUUCUCGGCCCAGCCGUCGCUCGAGGAUCACUGGCAACAGACAUGCUACGAGAUGGAGAGGUACCUGAAGGACGAGCCGAAGCUGCAAUCGUAUAAAAAAAUCCCCACGGAACUGGACACGGCGCCCUGGAACCUCUUCAGGGCGCCAUCGAUCUCGUGGACGACAUCCACCGGAACGAACGCACAAUUCGACCCCCCAAUUAAAAUGGAGGUGACGACGUCAGACGAGAGGGAUCCCCUCUGUUUGGACGACAUCAAAUUCAGUCCCGGCGAUCAUAAUGAUAAUGGCCGUGAUAGGGAUCUUCUCGACCGUCACCUCGAUUCCUUGUCGAUGUCUUCGGCAAGUUCGGCGUGUUCAGCACUGUCCUGGGACAGCUCACCUUCCCUUUCUUGCACGGCAGUCAUUCUCAAGAAGGAGCCCAGCGAAGACCUCGAGGAGGAUGAAGAACAUGAGGAGAUCGAGGAGGAGGAAGACAGCGGGUGCGAAAGCGAAGGUCAGAUCCUGACGCCACCGUCGAGUCCUGGGUCGGGUCAAGGUCAUUCCAACUCCAGUCACUCGUCGAGUGGGAGUUCGAUGCCCGACGUGCACAACCUCAACCUUCAUGGCACGGGUGGCAGGAGUGCUAUCGUCAGGGUUACUGCCGGCAACGCGCAAGGUGUCGCAAGACUGAUCUCCGUCACGGCGAACGGCUUCCCCGCGGUCGCCGGCACGCAACACGCACACGCGGGUGCGACCGCGGCCACAACCACCGUGGCCAACAGGCACCACGCGAGGAGCAACGAGCACAGUCCGCCCGACACGAAGCGCAGGAUACACAAAUGCCAGUUUCCCGGAUGCAAGAAGGUGUACACCAAGAGCUCGCACCUCAAGGCCCAUCAAAGGACGCACACGGGAGAGAAGCCAUACAAGUGCAGCUGGGUGGGCUGCGAGUGGCGAUUUGCGCGUUCGGACGAAUUGACGCGCCAUUACCGCAAGCACACCGGAGCGAAACCGUUCAAAUGUCGGCACUGCGACCGAUGCUUCUCCCGCAGCGAUCAUCUAGCUCUCCACAUGAAGAGACACGUGUAAUCAAUCGUUUCCGCGAACGGUUCCAACCGCGCGUCACCCGCAGUCGAGACUAUCGGAACUUGUUUCUCGUGAAAAUCGCGGAAAUCUUUGACAUCUACGCGAGGAUUUAUGCAAUCUAGCAUCUUCCGGGAUCACCUAAUAGCACGCUGCAAAUAGAAAGAAAGAGAUUGACCGUCGAAUGUCUAAACUUGACGAACAAACAUCAAGAAAGUCUGCAAAGCUAACUGCAGUUGGGUGAUCGCAAAAAGACGUCAAACUCUCAUCAUUGAUGAAAAUUGGUCCUCGAAGAUUACUAUUGAGGAAAUCGAUGAUUCGCGAGACACCGUUUAGAGGUAAUCGAAGUUCAAGAUCGUGUCUAAAACGAGCCAUGGAAACAACUCGGAAGAAAAUCUGACCAGCAAUCGGCGUGCUUGAAAAACGUCACUUUAUCGAAGUCCAAAGAAUUGCGUGUAUAACGAUGUUUUCAAAGUGCUAACGUACGAAAACGAAAGGUAAAAGAAACGAGCGAUCAAUGAUGUUCAUCUCUAAGGGCCAAAGGAAUGGCACGAAGCUUCGGCCCCUCGAAUUCCCGCGAAUUUGAGGAGACCGAAGCAUCGGGACGGUCAGCAACGAUCCAAUAAAGAGAUUGCAAUACAAGGGGAGGCCCUCGAUGAGGGGAGUAGCUGAACAAAGAGUUGCCCGGGAAGUCUCGCGCGAGAGACGUCAAUCACUGCCAAUUCGUUACAUUCUAAGAUCAGCGCUACCGAGGAUUUCAAGCUGCGUCUUCGCAAAAUCGGGGGUCUUGGAAAACGAGAAAACGGGAAGCUGACCGGAGGGAGCCUAACAAACUUUCGCCGAGCCUCAAAUCGUUGGCCAUAGCGCGCACUAGCGGACGGAUACUCAUUCGUGAAAAUUGUAAUGUUAAAUAAAAGAUACGCUCCUACACCACAAAUCGUUUGCCUUUUCCAAAACGAUCGAGUCGACGAUCGUCGCAGGAUUGCGAGUGUCGCGUCGCGCGUACGCUAAAAACUAUAGAGAGAAAAAAAAACGUAGAUUUCGCGAGGACAAUAAUGCAGAGACUGUCGGUGCCAAAUGUUAUUUCCUUUCUCUUGCUUUUCUCUUUCAGAAGCCCCGCGCGUAGCUACCCGCGGCUAAAAUCAAGCGCGCACGCGACACUCGCGGGACUCGUCGGCGAUCUCUCGAAAUCGCACGCAGCGGAGAGUCGUGGCGGACGCGACGCGUGGUAAUUGAAUACGUGAUUUCGACCAGUUUCGACGGCAACGGGAUUUGCCGCGCCAGGUGCUAAUCCUGAAUUUACAGUGCGAAUUACAACGUGGCUCGCCGCCGAUUCUAUCGCGCUACCAUACAGUCCGCUUGCAACGAAGCUUACGAACGCGAGAUCCAAUUGUUUCGCUUAGAGCUAUAGCUUACAGCUGAUUUGCAUUAAAUGCCGACUUCAGCUUUCAGGUAAUUAUAGUUAUUUUUAGGCAAUCAUUGUUGACGCUUUUUAUUUUUAUAAAAAACGUAAGAUAUUUUUUCUCUCGAAAUUUUUGCAUGCUUUUAGAAAGACCUUUUCGUUUAUUUCGUAAAUUUUCCUGGCUGCAACAUUACGUGGAACAUGCUCGAGUAGGGGAAUCAUUUGUCGAAACAAUCAUCAUGAAGAACUUAGCGGAAAAAAUACAAAUAUAUAUAAAUAUAUAUAUAUAUAUUUUUUAAUAUUCUUGUCAUAUACUCAUUAAAAUCAUGUAGAUAAGAAAAUAUAUACAGGCAGUAUAAUCCACAUGAGAUUUUCGUGCAUUUUUCACGCAGCCGAACGUUUCACGAGUGAUUUCCUGUCUCGUGUAUAAUUGACAGUAGAUUUUAUCAUUUUAUCAAUUAAGAAAUUAGUAGACUCUCAAGGAAAUAUUAAAUUUUUAAGAUUAAGAACCAAUCGUGAAUGGUAAUGACGGUUCAAGGAAAAUUAAUUUUUUAUUGAAACUGAUUAAUUGUUUAUAGGAUAAAUUUUUUCAACUUCCCCUUUCAAUAUUUUUCUCGCCUGUGCUUUAGAAGAAAAUCAGGAAGAUCUAUUAAAAUAGAAUCUCGAUUUGAGAUUUAUCAGAUUACUUGGUAAAAAAUGUGUACAAUUAAUCAGUUUCAAUGGAAAAAUUAAUUUUCCUUGAAAUUACGCAUUAUCAUUCUCGUUGGCUCUUACUAGAGAAAUUUACAUUUAUCCUUGUAUUUAUCAUUUUAUCGUUGUAUCCGCGAGCGCGUUGUUCUACAAGAUACGAUCGUCAGCAGGAGAUUGCUCGUCUCGCUCGUCAUCGAUUUGAAAGGUCCCGAUAUUACGAUAUUUACGAUAUAUCUCGCGCAAUCUAAUAUUUCGGCGACGAUGUUGAAAGAGAAAAAACACGAAAAAUAUUCAGAUCAUUGCGACGUGCACUCAUCAAAAAGAAAAAAAAAGUAAAGAGAAGGAGGUAACUUCAAGAAGACUAAUUUUACCUGAUGUAAGAGGCAAAAUAGGAAAGAUGAGAAAUGAAAAUAACUAAAUUUUAAAUGUUCAGUGGCCAAAUAAAUUAAUUAAUACGCACGUAGAACCUAAAGAUACCGUACCUACUGAGUAAGCCCGACUGACGGAGUGUCGGCACGGUUCGUGCGAAUGUAUGUGCAUGCGAGUGUGGCUGUGUCAUGUAUGCGUGAGUCGUCGAUGCGUGCGUGCAUACGUAUAUUUGCGUGUAAAGAUUGUGUGUACGUGCGUGUGUAUUUUUUUUCACGGAUAUUCCAAACCUGAAAGGCAAGGAAUCCAAAGGAGGAGACGAGCAGGACACUAAGUUUGUAUAUCGUGCAAUUUUUUCAAUGUUUUAUUAUUUGUUACCAUUGUUCACGAUUAAUUAUAAAUAAAUAAAUAAAUAUAUAUAUAUAUAUAUGUAGCACAUUUACAAUUUUAGGAUAUAACGGUCAUGAAGCCAGACGUCUUUUUGAUAGAUAUAUUCGGAUACCGUGGUCGUCGUCGCGUUCGCGACAUCCCCCCUACCCCAGCCCCCCACCCCCGAUCUUUUUUUCUGACGGGCAAGAUGUAAUUAAAAGUACACAUAGUACAAGAAGAAAAGAAAUUACCGCGCGUAAAAGAUGCAAAGUCUCGUCUUUGACCUCGACGGCCUCUCGUUAAAUUCCAUACCGGCCGCUGGAGCAAAAAUAACGGAAGAUAAUUGCCGUUACGGCGACUUGUUAGAGUCAGAGUCCACGCAUGUAUAAUUUGCUCUCAGACUCGUGCACUUAGGUUCGUAUUUAGGCGUAGUGGAAAAAGUACGGACGAGAAUUGAUACCGUGAAAGACAAGACUCUAACCGGAAAGAUUUUUAUUGUCGGAACGAGUGUUUCCAAUCGAGGCGAUCAACGAGCUCUGUAAAUCAUGUAUAUCGCUAAGCGAACGGUGCGAAAUGUCGUUUUAAAACGGGAUUGGAAAUAAAACCGCGUGCAAUUGCGUGAGUAAUCGACGAGAAACGAGAAGGUAGAAGCGCGAAUACUUUGAAUAAAAAAAGUAGUUAGACGUUUAGCUAGGUAGAUGGAUAGAUAAAUCGUUAGAUAGGCACUUAGAUAGACAGAUAAAUAGAUUGACGAACGGAAAUAGAGCGUGUGCGCCCAAGAGUGCUUGAAACAGAUAGA